AUGUUGAGGCAUUCCUAUUGUAGAGCACAGCAACAGUCAUUGAGACACGUUUUGAAGACCAGAUUGGCUGUUAAUCAAUUAAGAUUUAUGUCUGAAGUUAAGUUUAGAGUCGAUUCCACUGCCAGAGUGGUCACUUUGGAUAGACCAAAGAAAUUGAACGCAUUGGAUGUUGAGAUGUGCAGUGCCAUCUUGCCCACAUUGCAAGAAUAUGCCAAGAGUACCGUUAACAAUGUUGUUAUCUUGAACUCUUCAGCUAGUCCUAGGGCCUUCUGUUCAGGUGGCGAUGUAGCUCAAGUAGCCAAGUUGGUUAAGGAAGGAAAUUUUGAUUACGCUAGAGAAUUUUUCACCAAGGAAUACUCGUUAAACUUGGCUCUAGCUACGCUGAACAAGCCGGUCAUCUCUAUCAUGGACGGUAUCACCAUGGGUGGUGGUGUCGGUCUAUCUACUCAUAUUCCAUUCCGUAUUGCUACUGAAAAUACUCGUUGGGCCAUGCCUGAGAUGGAUAUUGGAUUCUUCCCAGAUGUCGGUGCCACUUUCUCUAUUCCAAAGCUUACCACUGUUGGUGGUUCCAACGGACAAUUGGCUCAGUACUUGUGCAUGACUGGUGACAUUUUGAAUGGUGCCGAUGCUUACGUGGCUGGUGUCGCUUCUCAUUAUGUGCCACAUGAUCAGAUCUCCAACUUACAGGCAAGAUUGGCUGAGUUACAUUUGACUGAAGCCACUUCUCAAUCGACUAACCGUGAUGAUGAAAUUUUCGAUGUUGUCAACCAUGCUAUUGAGGAAUUCAACGCACCAUUACCAAGAGACUACAAGUUCAAGUACACUGCUGAUGAACUAAACGUCAUUGAACAGUGUUUCGAUAUCGGUAACAGUUUGAAGCAAAUCUACUCCAAAUUGGAUGAGGUCAUUGCUGGAAAGACAGUAUCACAAACAGCUCAGGAGUUUGCUGCAAAGACCAAGCAAAUGCUAGCUAGCAAAUCCCCUGUUUCUUUGGAAAUCGCAAAAGAACUUUUCCAAAGAAACUCCUUCACUGACAUUCAAACCGCCUUGACCCAAGAUUUGAUCACUGCUACUAAAAUGUCAGAAUCUCCGGACCUAUGUGAAUUUGCUGAGGCCACUAGUCAUAAAUUGCUAGAAAAGAACAAGACCCCAUACCAAUGGAAGAUCAAAGAUUUGAAAUUAGCCCAAAUAUCAGUUCUAAUCUCACAAAACUCCUCAAACCCGGUGUCGUUGAUCCGCCCAUCAAAUUUAGUUACUUUCUCUGAAUACCCACAUCAUAGCAAGUACCAAUUACCAAACGAAACUCUAGUUGAGAAAUAUAUCACAGGUGCUGACAACCAUGGAAGACAAACUGCAGUUACUAAGAAGGAAGCUGUCAAAUUCUUCCAACAAUUGAACCCCGCCACGAAGAGUAAGACCGGCGUAGACUACUUGGUAGGUUUUAUUAUUGACAGAAAAUGUGUUCCAAACCCAGAUGGUUUCUUAAGAUGGAAAACUUCCUCUGCUAAACUAUAA